AUGGGCGGUUUCUACAUUCAGUAUCUCGAAAGCCUAUGCCGGCGGCGUGGAUGGCAUGACCCCUUGUACGAGUCCUACCGGGACGCCAAUGGCUACACGUGCCUGGUCCUGGUAAAUGGGCGGGAGUACCAAACGGAUCUGGCGUACGAGUCCAAGACGCUGGCCGAGGAAAACGCAGCCAUGCGUGCCUUCAUGGUCUGCCGCAACUUCUCCGUCAACGGAGGCAUGCUUGCCCGCAACGGCAUUGUCCAGGGCCUGCCGGCCGAUGAGACCGGCCGCAAGGCCAGGAAGGGGAGCCGCCACACCUCCUCCUCCAAUCACGGCCACAGGAGCAGAUCGGGCAACCACUCCAGCAGCAGCUCGACCGCCUCGCUUGAGUGA